AUGCGGUCCAAACCCUCCGACUACCCGCCUAUUCCCUUCUAUAUCAUCCGAUUCUGGACCCUGCUGUCAUCCAUCCUGGUCAGCAUCAUCCUCGCCGUCUUCAUAUCCCACCUCCAUUCCGAUGGAUAUAAGCUACCGAUUGCAUUCCUAGUGCUCUUAGUCGCCGGCGUCCUCUCCCUCAUCAAUGCCAUCAUCAGCAUCAUCAUCAACUGCGGCUUCGGCCUCUCCCCAGGCUUCUCCCUCUUCACCAAUGUCCUCCUCACCAUAAUCUGGGCCGCCGGCCUCGGUCUUGAAAGCUACGGCAUGUGGAACACCAUCCUCACCUCCUGCACAACCGAAUACUGGGGCAACUCCACCGGCGUCCAAGUCUGCGAACUUUACAAAACCCUCUUCGCCUUUAGCGUCAUCGGCACCGCCGCACACCUCGCCUCCCUGAUCUUCGACGUCUUCAUCCGCCGCCGCGUGACCCGCCUCGGCGCAUACGGGCUCGCCACGACAGUCCGCAACGUCGAGCCCGAGGACCAAAUGGAGCUCACCCGGACGGGCCUGUACUCGCACUCGCAGCAGGACUCGCUGUCAAGCGCGGUGCCAUAUGAUUCUGCGGCCGUGCCGCCGAUGGCGGGCGCCCUCGGGCACCAUGAUACCGCGUAUUCGAGUACGUUGGAGCAUGAGCGGGUGGGCGAGGCGCUGGAUUACUACGAUAAUGUGCCGAUGCCCCAGCGCGGGCGGCAGCGGGAGUUUGAUCACUACGGGGAUAUGCAAGACCAUCCGCAGCAGACGGCGUAUGAGCCCCUGAUGUACCGGUGA